GUGUACUGCAGGGUCCGGCCGCUCAGCCGCCCGGAGCAGGAGUGCUGCAUCGAGGUGAUCAACGAGACCACGGUGCAGAUCCACCCGCCCGACGGAUACAGGAUAUUCCGCAACGGGGAGUACCGGGAGACGCAGUAUUCAUUUAAAGAAGUGUUUGGCACCCUUGUUGUUCAGAAGCAGCUUUUUGACGUGGUGGCUAAACCUCUAGUGGAAGAUCUCAUUCGUGGGAAAAAUGGUCUUCUUUUCACAUAUGGUGUGACAGGCAGUGGGAAAACACACACCAUGACAGGAUCUCCUGGUGAUGGAGGACUUCUCCCGCGGUGUUUGGAUAUGAUCUUCAACAGCAUAGGACCGUUCCAGGCCAAGAGAUUUGUUUUUAAGCUCGAUGACAAGAAUGGUGUGGAUGUUCAGUGUGAAGUAGAUGCUCUAUUAGAGCGCCAGAAAAGAGAUGCCAUGCCUGUUCCAAAAACUCCAUCUGGCAAGCGACAGAUAGAUCCAGAAUUUGCUGAUAUGAUCAAUGUGCAAGAUCACUGCAAAGUGGAAGAAGUUGAUGAAGAUAAUGUCUACAGUGUCUUUGUCUCCUAUAUUGAGAUCUACAACAACUACAUCUAUGACCUUUUGGAGGAAGCUCCCUUUGAUCCCAUAAAACCAAAGUGGAACAAUUGCAACACUCCUGUGCGAAAUGGUGACUUUAUACCUCCACAAUCCAAAAUCCUUCGUGAGGACCAGAACCACAACAUGUAUGUCACAGGAUGCACAGAAGUAGAGGUGAAAUCUACAGAAGAAGCUUUUGAAGUGUUUUGGAGAGGUCAAAAGAAGAGGCGUAUUGCAAACACGCAGCUGAAUCGAGAAUCUAGCCGCUCUCACAGUGUGUUUAUAAUAAAGUUGGCUCAGGCACCGCUGGAUGCAGAUGGAGAUAAUGUGCUGCAGGAGAAAGAACAGAUCACUUUAAGCCAGCUGUCUUUAGUUGAUCUGGCUGGAAGUGAAAGAACUAACAGAACGAAAGCUGAAGGGAACAGAUUGCGAGAAGCAGGUAAUAUUAAUCAAUCACUAAUGACAUUAAGAACAUGUAUUGAAGUUCUACGGGAAAACCAGAUGUAUGGAACAAAUAAGAUGGUCCCGUACAGAGAUUCCAAACUGACUCAUCUCUUCAAGAACUAUUUUGAUGGUGAAGGAAAAGUGCGCAUGAUUGUGUGUGUUAAUCCUAAAGCUGAGGACUACGAGGAAAGCUUGCAAGUCAUGCGCUUUGCAGAAAUGACCCAGGAAGUUGAAGUUGCGAGACCUGUUGAUAGACCGCUCUGUGGCUUAACGCCAGGACGGCGUUUUAGGAAUCAAGCCUUCAGAGAGGAACUCUCACGGAAAUUGGAGAUGCGAGGUGGCCCGAUAAAUGGAGAAACAGAAGAGCAAUCUGUUUCAGAAAUGUUUUUGCAGAACUUUCCUCCAUUGCCUUCAUGUGAGCUAUUGGACGUUAAUGAUGAUCAAACACUUCCAAAACUUAUUGAGGUCCUGGAAAACCGCCAAAAACUACGACAAAUGUUGUCAGAGGAGUUUGCCAAAAACGUGCUUGCAUUUAAAACAAUGCUGCAAGAAUUUGACUCCAGUGUUGUAUCCAAAGAAAACUAUAUUCAAGGAAAACUGUCUGAAAAAGAGAAAACAAUAGCAGGACAGAAAAUGGAGCUAGAACGCCUGGAGAAGAAAAUUAAAACUUUGGAAUACAAGAUUGAGAUUUUGGAGAAAACUGCGACGAUUUAUGAAGAAGACAAGCGUAAUCUUCAGCAAGAACUAGAGAGCAAGAGCCAGAAAUUGCAACGUCAGGCUUCCGACAAGCGUAGGUUGGAGGCACGACUGCAAGGCAUGGUGGAGCGCCGUGUAGCGGCAAAGCAGCUGGAAAUGCAGAACAAACUUUGGGUCAAAGAUGAAAAACUGAAGCAACUGAAGGCCAUUGUUACUGAACCAAAAAAUGAAAAGCCAGAGAGGCCUUCGCGGGAGAGAGACAGAGAGAAGCCUGUUCAGAGAUCAGUGUCUCCUCCACCAGUACCUAAUGCACCUCCAGUUCGUCUCAGACACAGACGGUCACGCUCAGCUGGGGAGAGAUGGGUAGAUCAUAAGCCACCUUCUAAUCUGCCCACUGACACGGUCAUGCAGCCGCAUGUCCCUCAUGCCAUCACAGUAGCGGCUGCAAGUGAAAAGGCACUAGCUAAGUGUGACAAGUAUAUGCUGACGCACCAGGAGCUAGCCUCUGACGGCGAGAUUGAAACGAAACUAAUUAAGGGUGACGUUUUCAAAACCAGGGGUGGCGGACAGGCUGUGCAGUUCACAGAGAUAGAGACUCUGAAGCAAGAAUCUCCAACUGGUCGAAAGCGAAGAUCAUCACCUGCCAAUCCUGACGCACCCGCAGAUGCUGCGGACUCGGAAUGGACUGAUGUAGAAACCAGAUGUUCCGUGGCGGUGGAGAUGAGGGCAGGAUCAGCUCUUGGACCUGGAUAUCAGCAUCAUGCUCAGCCCAAGCGAAGAAAGCCAUGAACUUAACGUACCGCUGUGCUGGAAUCCUCUUGAUUUUAUCAGACUGAUGUAAUAUAUCUGCUGCCAAUGAUAAACUUGAUAAAAACUGCUUUGUUAUCACUACAGGCCUAUAUUUUUAUAAUGGCCUGUGCUAGGCAAUGGUUAAAUGGGAGGUAAUUCUUGCGAUCCCAAAGAAGCGUGUGUGUAGGUGUGUAUAUUUUCAGUAGAUGUAGGGGGGUUCUGCCAUU